AUACAAUGUUAAUUCAUCGAUCGUAUCGGUCGCGAGAGAUGCUUAGAAUUCAUUGUUUUUUCGAAAUAAUCAUCUAUUAUUAGAAAAUUGUAUUCGAAUAUUCGAAUCCAACUUUUGUACAUACAGCACUGUAAAACUGCCUUUACACCCGCGGAGCGGAGUCCAGCUAUGCGGUGGCCGGCGCUGGCAGCGCGGCAAAACACGUGCGUUCAGAGUUGACGCGAGCUCCUGCCAUCGAUCGUUAUGGCAGAGUCAACGGAGGACGUCGGCGCCGAGGAGUCGACGAGCAAAAGGCCACAGUUUGGAAAUAGGACCCUAGACCACAAGGACAACGUGUUCCGGCACAAUGCUUGGGACAACGUGGUUUGGGACAAGGAGCAGGAAGAAACAGCCCAGCGCAAAGUUGAAGAAAACUCAAAAGUAUCCGCUUCAGCAGAGGAAAUAGCCAAGUACGAGGAUGAGGCAGACAAGUUUUGGGAUAAAUUCUAUGGAAUCCACCAAAACAGGUUUUUUAAGGAUAGACAUUGGCUAUUCACCGAGUUUCCAGAAUUAGCACGUAAUGCCGUUAAACAAGACAAAGAGAGACCUCUGAGGGUUUUGCCAGAGUCGCAAAGUGGCAGUGCUGACCAAGAAAGCAAUUCAAUGGACAACAGCAUGGAGCCUGCGCGUAGAAUUUUUGAAAUAGGCUGUGGCGUGGGCAACACUGUGUUUCCUUUGCUAUUAUACAACAAUGAUCCAGAAUUAUUUGUUUAUUGCUGUGACUUUUCAUCAGCAGCCAUUGAGAUAUUGCAAAAAAGCAAAGAAUAUGAUACAAAAAGGUGUAAGGCAUUCGUACUUGAUGCAACACUAGAGGACUGGAAUCCACCAUUCGAGGAAAACAGUUUGGACAUAAUUAUUUUAAUUUUUGUGCUUUCAGCCAUACAUCCAGAAAAAAUGCAGCAUGUGGUCAAGCAAAUACACAGAUAUUUGAAACCAGGAGGUUUGGUUCUGUUCCGCGACUACGGCAGAUACGAUUUGGCGCAAUUGAGAUUUAAAAAAGGUCGCUGCCUAGCGGAGAAUUUCUACGUGAGAGGCGACGGAACGCGAGUAUACUUUUUCACGCAAGAUUGCAGAUGACGUUAGAGAAUUGUUUACUAACUGCGGAUUCAGCGAAGUCCAGAAUCUCGUUGACAGAAGACUGCAAGUGAACCGCAGCAGACAAUUGCAAAUGUACAGAGUCUGGGUGCAGUGUAAAUAUCGAAAAUUACCCGACACAUAAAAACUGACAUAUGCAUUUUACAUUAAAA